AUGGGUAACAUUUUCAGUUCGAUGUUUGACAAACUAUGGGGUUCAAACAAAGAAUUGCGUAUAUUGAUUUUGGGGUUAGAUGGUGCAGGUAAAACCACUAUCUUAUACCGUUUACAAAUUGGUGAAGUCGUCACUACAAAGCCAACCAUCGGUUUCAAUGUAGAGACGCUAAGUUAUAAAAACUUGAAAUUGAACGUUUGGGAUCUCGGUGGUCAAACGAGUAUCAGGCCCUACUGGAGAUGUUAUUACGCAGAUACUGCCGCAGUCAUUUUUGUGGUUGAUUCGACUGAUAAAGAUCGUAUGUCCACAGCCUCUAAGGAACUUCAUUUAAUGUUACAGGAAGAAGAAUUGCAAGAUGCGGCACUGCUGGUUUUCGCAAAUAAACAAGAUCAACCGGGUGCAUUAAGUGCAAGCGAAGUCUCCAAAGAACUGAACCUUGUAGAAUUGAAGGACAGAAGUUGGUCUAUUGUAGCCUCAAGUGCAAUUAAAGGUGAAGGUAUUACUGAAGGUUUAGAUUGGUUGAUUGAUGUUAUAAAAGAGGAACAAUUAUAG